UCCUCCUCCUACUUUCAUUGUCACAUAUCAAUCACUUCACAGAUCAUAUAUACUUUGUUACUUCACAAUGAUCAGAGCCGGCCAAGACAAGAAGCAAAGGAUUGUUAUCAAGUUAACGAUGAAGUCCCCAAAGGAUCGGUCAAAGGCCAUGAUGAUUGCAACAAAAGCGGCUGUUUCAGGUAAUGUGUCGGUCAAAUUUGAAGGGGAAGAGAAGGAUAAACUGGUGGUGAUUGGGAAUCGAGUUGACCACACCGCCCUAAUGAAAUUGCUCAGGAAAAAAGUCGACCGCCACGCAUCCUUGGAAGAAGUGAAAGAAGUGGAAGACAUCCCUGCUUAAUUAGGAAUGAACAUUAGCUUUCUACUUGUGAUCGAAUAAGUAUGUAGGUUCCAUUGUUCGAAUUUGGCUUGUUAACUAUCUUUGGGAUAUGUCUCUUUCAAUCACAAAAAAAAAAAAAAAAAAAUCUUAUCGUUACUAGAAAAAUUCAUCAUACCGAA